AUGUACAGCGAUGCAAUGAUCAACUACAUGAAUGCAAUGGAAGAAUUAGGAGUACGUGUAUUGGCUAUGUUAGCCAAUGGUUUAGGUCUUGAUAAUAACUUCUUCACUAGACACUUCUUGAGCGAGCGUGAGAGCACUAUGAUCAGAAUUAAUCGAUACCCUCCGUGCCCUCUCCCCAACCGAUGCUUGGGCCUUGGCAGCCAUUCCGACCCCCACACUCUAACCAUACUGCUCCAAGAUGAAGUUGGUGGCCUGCAAGUUUGUGACGAUCGCAAUCGUUGGUUUGGCAUCCGUCCCCUACCUAACUCGUUUGUCGUUAAUAUAGGCGACACACUUGAGGCAUGGAGUAAUGGGAGGCUAAAGAGUGUGGUUCACAGAGCAGUCGUAAAUGAGGAAAGACAUCGUCUCUCGGUUGCAUAUUUUAUGAGCCCUGCAGCUAAUACUACCAUAGAGAGCCCUCCUCAGCUCAUGGAUGAAGAUCCUAACAAACCAAGAAAGUAUAAAACAUUUACCUGGGGUGAUUUCAGGAAUCAGCUUCUCAAACAACGACGAGUUGUUGGAAAAACUGCUCUUCAUCGAUAUACAAUCGAUUCUUAA